CUCAUCAUACAACACAUUCUAUCUCUCUUUCACUCUCUCCCCAACCAAGUCACACACUCUCUCCUCUUCUUUCUCUCUAAGAAUACAAAAUGCAAUACAAAACAGAAACUCGAGGGUCGGUGUCCUACAACAACGGUAAGGUGAACAACAUGAUGAAUGUGUUUCCGUCAGAGACACUGGCGAAGAUAGAGUCAAUGGCAGCAGAGAAUGCGGUGGUUAUAUUCAGCAUGAGCACGUGCUGCAUGUGCCACGCUAUCAAGCGUCUGUUCCGUGGGAUGGGAGUCAGCCCCGCUGUCCACGAGCUUGACCUCCACCCUAACGGCGCUGAGAUCCACCGUGCUCUCCUUCGUCUCGUCGGCUGCUCUAGCGGUGGCGCUGCUACUCCGGGGGGACUACCAGUUGUGUUCAUCGGAGGGAAGAUGGUAGGAUCAAUGGAGAGAGUGAUGGCUUCACAUAUCAAUGGCUCACUCGUCCCUCUUCUCAAAAAUGCUGGCGCUCUCUGGCUCUGACGAGAUCCCAUCAUCCUCCGAUCCAACCUUUCCUUUUUUUUUUUCUUUACUUUCUUUGGUGUUUGAGGACAAAAAAAAAACCCCUCGUAGGUUUAAUUCUAGUGUCGAUGAAUUAGUAGUGACAGUGAGAGAGAAGAGUGGUGCGUUUGUUUUAAGCUUAAGCUCUUUGUCUAUCCUUAAGCACACUAAUAUAUAAAAAGUAUGUGUUUACUAAAUUCUCAAAUUAGCUUUGU